AUGGAUGCAUAUCCCCCUCGGAUGCAUCGUUUUCCUAUUCAGCAUGUCUUUGACUUCCUCUACCGUGAUACAUGCCACAAGGCACUAACAUUGUCUUACAACAACCUGUUCGCUCGCCAUCUAUGUGGAGAGAUCGAACGGUCUUGUCAUCAACACUUUGAGCGUCUCAACAGCGAAGUUAUCUCUUCCAGUAGGCUGCACUGGGGAAAUAUCAGGCGGCUUGAUCGCUCCCUUACCCUAUACAAGUCCAACACUACUUGUCUAUUCUGUUUACGUCGAGUGCCUGAAUAUCAUCUAACCUGUGGUCAUUGUGUCUGUUGCGAUUGCAUUUUGAUAUUUGGCGUUUUGCAUCCUGGAAGGGAAGAGCGAUAUAGACUCCACUGCAUCUACGACGACCGCGGCGAGCUCACGGUGGAUCUCAAGCCAAGGACAGCUGGUGUCAGGGUUAUUGGAAUCGACGGAGGGGGUGCUCGCGGGGCCACAUCCCUGGAGUUAUUGAAGGAGCUCCAAAAAUUGCUUUUGCACUGUCCUCUGCCAGAAAUGGUCGAUAUUGCUGGUGGGGGGCUUAUUGCCCUAGCACACUUUCAUCUACAGUGGCCUGUGGAGAAAUGCAGUAAAACCUUUGAAUCAUUCGCCGUCCGCUCUUUUCAGCGGUCUAAAUCUCUAUUAGGCACCAUAAGGGCGGUGAUAAAGUAUGCCGUCGCAGAUGCGAUCUACGACGAGACUGUCAUCGAAAGUUUGAUGAAGGAUGCCUACGGAUCUAGUAGCGUUUUUUUCGGCGAAAAUCCGCAUGCAGUAGCUGGGACUCGGGUCGCUAUCACCGCAAUGACUCAUGGCAGUCAGCGGGUUAUUUUCACGAACUACAACGGAUCAGCCAGUAUCGUCAGGAGAGAUUCUGGCUGUCUCCAUACUAGUCAUUUUCAGGACUCUGGAUAUAUUGCCAUCAGACCGAAAGAUGUCGCCAAAGAGCCUUUACUCUGGGAGGUCGCCCGAGCUACAUCUGCAGCACCAUUGUUUUUCAAACCUAUUCAAAUGAGUAUCGGCGAAUUUUGGGACGGAGCUCUUGGUUUCCCGAACCCCAUAGAGCUGACGACAUGGGAAGCAUCCAGACUGUGGCCAGGAACCGUUGUGGACGUGUCAAUAUCAUUUGGCACAGGUGAAGAGCCAAAACACUCAAACUCAAAAAACUCACUGUACCGGCUUCUGGACGCCUUUAAUCUGCUGCUGGAUGGGCAAUCAGAAUUUUUGAAACGAUCUACUUCCGACCAAGCGCUUCUUCGGCUGAACACUCGUUUGCCUCAACCCAUCCGCCUUGACGAUGCAGGAAGCAUUCCAGCCCUAAGAGAAUCUGUACACCUCUAUCAGCCGGCCAAAGAGAGUAUACUGGCAGCUGCAACAUCCUUACUUGUCUCAAGCUUUUUUUUCACCAUAGCCCGGCCUGCAAAAUAUGACUCCGGUAUUUACUAUUGUGAGGGAUCCAUUCACUGCCGGGGAGACUACUAUCAAGUUUCAAGCGCUCUGGCAAAGCUCUAUAGCUCACGUAUAGAGUUUAUUACGAAAACCGAAGUCCUAGCAAGAUACCGGACCGGGUCUCAAGAGCUGAAUCAACUUGCACGAACUUUCCAACCAGCUCUGGCCUCGUCAAUCUCGAUGAACAACACGGGCCGAGACAAGCAUCUACCUGUACAAAUUUCCCCACCACGUUUGGCCGUGCGUCUUAUACAGGAUCCUCUCAAGAUGUUCCUAAUGUGA